AUGGGGGCCACAUCCAACACGAUCAAUCUGCUUGGAAUGGUAUUCCUCUCACAUGCCGUCUACAGCUCAUAUGAGCACUCGCUGCUACCCAAUGCCUCACAACCACCGCCUCCGAGCUCGAUACUUCCCGCCAUGCUCGAUCCAAAAAUCAACAUCCCUCUCGACAUCAUACUGGAAACAGUCUUCUCGGUCCUGCUUCUUUGCGUCGGAGUUGUGCUGGGCAGUCAGGAUCUGAAACCAAUUCAAUGGAGCGUGUGGGCUGGACGAUUAGAGCGCAGCAAAGAGGCUAGGGAGAUCACAGAAGUCGGCGCUGGUGGUGGGAACCCAUUCACAAGCGUGGAGGAGAGGCCCGGAUUCCUGGACAUCAGAGAGAAGAGGAAGGAGUUUGCGGCGUGGAUCAAAGAAGGCAGUGGGACCAUCAAGGCAUGA